GUAACCCGCGUCUUUGACAGGUUGAUUAAUUGGAUGAUUGAAAUCUUCGGAUCACUAUCUACAACCGAUAUAAAUAUAGAUGGAAUUGAUUGAGUGAUUCACAAUUCCAUAAGUGGUUGAAGAAUUAAGUUAUAGAGAAGUCUGAAAGAUGGUGAGACAACCAUAUCUAAAGAAAGGAACGUGGAAUUCUGAUGAAGACCAGAAGCUGAUUGCUUAUAUCAUGAGAUAUGGCAUUUGGAAUUGGAAUGAGAUGCCCAGAUUUGCUGGGUUGCAAAGGUCAGGGAAGAGUUGCAGGCUUCGUUGGAUGAAUUACUUGAGGCCUAAUAUAAGGCGUGGAAACUUCAGCAGGGAAGAAGAGGAAACCAUAAUCCAACUUCAAAAGGAGCUCGGAAAUCGAUGGUCAACCAUAGCAGCAAGGCUUCCACAAAGAACUGACAACGACAUAAAAAACUACUGGAACACUCGCUUGAAGAAAAGGGUAAUAUUGGAGAAUAACAAGUCAACAUCAGCAACCACAGAAACCUAUUCCAUUAUUGAGGAGAAUUCAACUGAUACUGAGUCCUCAAACCUGCUAAAUAUUCCUACAAUGGAUGACUUCCCAGAACCAUUGAGUUGCAUCAAUACUUCACCUGAAAACAGUUAUAGCAUGAGGGAAACUUUUGUUUCAUCUGAAAACUAUUGGGAUAUACCGAGUUUUAUGGAGCAGCCAUUAAUAGCACAAGGUUUCGAUUGUGAAGCAUUAGCAACCACAGAAAAUAAUUCCAGUAUUGAGGAGAAUUUACCUGAUGUCGAGUCCUCAAGCUUGCUUAACAUUCCUACAAUGGCUGGUUUCCCAGAACCAUUGACUUACAGUGGUACUUUUACUUCAUCUGAAAACAGUUAUAGCAUGAGAGACACUUUUGUUUCAUCUGAGAACUAUUGGGAGAUACUGAGUUUUAUGGAGCAGCCAUUAAUUGCAGAAGGCUUCGAUUGUGUAGCAUCAUCACCAAAUUCUCAGUUGUGGCAAAGCCAUCAUCAACACUACUAUGAUACUGUAGAUGAUUUCUGGGCCAAUCCAUUAUUUUAG